UCGUCGUAAUGGGAUGGUUGGAAGUACCCAUUGAAUAAAUCGAAGAGUGUGCUUUAGUUAUCUUCUGAGACUGGUGGUGUGUCUUGUAUAACAUCAGAAUGAGGUGGUCGUUCGUGUUUAUAUUGGUAGCGAUCGUUGGACGCAUCUCAGGAGAACCUAGUGAAAUAAGGGAUACAUCUCUUGCCGAUGUAAUUCCUGUAGCUACCGAUCUUGAGACAUAUCGAUUGGUAGAUGAUGUGCUGCCAUUGCAUUACGAUAUCGAGUUGACGCCAUAUUUCGAGGAUGAGGAUGCUCAACGGGCCUUCACGUUUGACGGUAUUGCUGUCAUCAAAUUAAAACCAAAUAAAACGGGUGUCGACAAAAUUAUGCUUCAUGAAUCCAAGAUGCAAAUCCAAUCAAUAUUUCUGAAACGCGCGGACGAUAGUUUUGAAGUACCAAUUGGGGCGCUAGCGUAUAAUGAAGCAACCGAAAUCCUCACUAUUCCGACAAACCAGCCUCUCUCGAUUGAUGUUGAAUAUUUUCUAAUCUUCAAUUACGUCGGAGUAUUGGGAGACGACAUGCAUGGAUUCUAUAGAAGUUAUUUCAACGUUAACAAUCAAAAAGUUUGGAUGGCCUCAACCCAGUUCCAGCAGACCGCUGCGAGACGCGCAUUCCCAUGUUUCGAUGAACCGAAGUUCAAAGCCACUUUCCAAGUCACGAUUAAUCGACUAGAGAAACACAAAUCAUUUUCAAACACUCCGAUCCGAACGUCAACAUCGUCAGGUGAUGGCCGUGUCAAGGACGUGUUUGAAAAGACCCCCGAGAUGUCCACGUAUCUUCUAGCAUUCAUCGUAGCAGACUACAUUGUUAAUGAACGAUCUAAUAUGGGAAUUCUAGCGAGAUCUGAAGCACGGAAUCAAACCGAUUACAGUUUACAAAUUGGUAUUGAUGUCUUAGCUGCACUCGACGAAUGGAUUGCGUAUCCUUAUUCCGAGGUACCGGAAAUGACUCGUAUGUAUAUGGCAGCCGUUCCAGAUUUCUCCGCUGGUGCUAUGGAGAACUGGGGACUUUUGACGUAUCGUGAAACGAACAUUCUGUUCAGUAGAGAUGAUGCCACGAGUCUUCAGCAGCAACGUAUUGCCGCAGUUAUAGCACACGAGAUUGCACACCAGUGGUUCGGAGACUUGGUCACAUGCGAAUGGUGGGACGUAACGUGGUUGAACGAAGGCUUCGCUCGGUACUUUCAAUACUUUGGCACGGCUUUGGUUGAAACGAAAUGGGACUUGGAGUAUCAAUUUGUUGUGGAACAGCUGCAAGCCGUCAUGCAGAUGGACAGUUUGGAGUCCACUCAUCCAAUGACGCACUCAGUUUACACUCAGGCACAAAUAAGCGGAAUUUUCGAUAAUAUUUCGUACAAUAAAGGAGCUGUCACGCUGAGAAUGGUAGAACACAUCUUAACUACCGAUGUGUUCAAAUUGGCACUAAGAGAGUACAUCAGGGAAAGAGAAUAUAAAACCAGCAGACCUGAGCAUCUGUUUGCUGCUCUGAACGAACAUGGUCACUCUUCGAUCCGAUUAUUUAUUGAACCUUGGACGGUACAAUCGGGGUACCCUUUGGUUACCGUUAAUCAAACCGAUGGUGGAUUUGUUAUCACACAAAAACGAUUCCUGUUGAAUAAUAUGUCUGCAAGUGAAGACAAUACCUUGUGGCCGUUGCUGCUAACAUAUGCCACAAAACAGGAAGACUUCAGAAAUACAACGCCAAUCAUCGUAAUGGAUCGUACCCACAGAAUCUCUAUUGAUGAACCAGAAAAACUCGCAUAUUUCAUCCUCAACAACCAACAAGUUGGGUACUAUCGGGUGAAUUACGAUACAGAAAGCUGGGCUAAGAUAAGCAAAGCUCUCAAUUCGGAAAAUUUUGGUGGAAUUCAUGUAUUGAACCGAGCACAGAUCGUAGACGAUUUGUUCAAUUUGGCUCGAGCAGAUGUAGUUAGUUAUGAUUUUGCGUUGGACAUUUUAGAUUAUCUGCGCAGCGAAACCGAAUACCCGCCGUGGCUGGCAGCGGUGAAUGGAUUGACCACUCUUUCGCGACGAAUUCAUCUCGAAGAUGAAGAACUGUUUGGAAAAUACAUUCUACUGCUUUUCAACAAGAUAUACAACUCUGUGAAAUUCGUACAACCCGCUGAGGACGAGGCACGGCUUCUAACUUAUCUUCGAAUAAAUGCGCUUCAAUGGGCUUGCAAUUAUGGGCACGACACGUGCAAGAAAGUCGCAGAGGAUACAUUCAGAAAGUUUUUCACAAAUCGUACCGAGAAAGUGCACCCCGACUUACGACAAAUCGUUUAUUGUGAAGGAAUUCGUCAAGGCACAGAUGAACACUUUGAUUUCCUGUGGAAUGAAUAUCUUACAACCAACGUAGCCACUGAGCAAAUACUAGUUCUCCAAGGUCUUGGAUGUGCGCAAGGCAGAGAGCAAAUUUUCAAACUGAUGGAUGCUAUCAGCUCGGACGACAUUCGACCACAGGAUAAGAGCAGCGCGUUUUCGUACCUGCUUAGUAAUCCAUAUACUCUGGAUCAUCUUUCUGAAUAUCUGCGGACUUAUUAUGUUCGAUGGGCAGAAGCACAUGGAUCGUACAUGAACGUGGCAUCAGCCUUCAGCAAUAUUCUAGCACGCGUUAAGUCCGAUGAACAGGUGUCGACUAUUGUUUCGUUUGCAGCUAGAAACGAAAAAGUUUUUGGCGAAGCUGCAUAUAACGCCAUUCUGCGUGGCGUAGAGGAUUACGACACGAAUAAGUUAUUCACUGAGGAAAACCGUGAGGAAAUAAAGAAGUUCCUACAACGCAAAACAAGUUCGAGUGCAUCGAAAAUUACAACAAGUAUUGCGAUUGUAGUUGGGUUCUUGUUAGCUAUGUUACGAUGGGACUCGUAAUGACGUAAUGACGGAAUGGCUUAGUGAUGCUGAACGUAUACGGAGAUGUAUUUCAGUAUUAUUAUUUGUUGAUAAAAUAAAAGCUGCUCAUGUACUGUUA